AUGCCGACAUCCGUCGAGGACUUUCAGCUUGCUGCAGUGGCAGCAGGCUUCACAAUUGGAUUCGGGUUUCUCACCGUAUGGGAGGCUAUCCAGCAAACACGGCGGAACCGCAACCCGCUAAGGUCCAUCUACAUCUACAUGUUGUGGGGUGAGAUCGUGGUGAACGUAUGCAUCGGCGUUGUCGGAUGGCUCUUCUUGACAGGCACAUUGGGUCCCACUGUGCCAGUCCUGUUCUUCAUUCUUUUGUUCUGGGUGUUCCAGAUCCAACUGCUCAUGCAAAUCAUUAUCAACCGAAUUGCACUCAUCGCCGAGCACCGGAAGACUGUCAGAAACAUCAAAUGGGGAACCGUCGUCAUCAUCUCUGCCAUCAACAUCGCCGUGUUCUGUAUAUGGAUUCCCGCGCACACCGUACCACCAGCCCACGAGAUCUUCGUCAAGAUCAACAGUGUCUGGGACAAGAUCUCCAAGGUUCUCAUCCUCAUCGUGGACGCCGGUCUCAAUUGGUACUUCCUACGCAUCGUCAAGAUCAGGCUUGUCGACCAAGUCGGUCUCACAAAGUACAAGCCGCUUGUGAGCUUCAACGCAAAGCUCAUGAUCGUCUCGAUCGCCAUGGACGGUCUUCUCAUCGGUCUCAUGUUCCUCAAGAACCAAGUCGUCUACGUCCAAUUCCACCCCGUUGUCUACAUGGUCAAGCUCAACAUUGAAAUGUCCAUGGCGUCCCUGAUCGUCCGCCUCGCCCAGGGCAAGACCGAGAACGACGCCGAUCCUGAUCAAUUCGGCAGCUCCACUGGCCCGUCGAAUUCGCAAUCAGACCGCCGCUCGAAAGCGAAACCGAACCAGUUCCAGUCCUUUCAGUUGACCUCCGCCAAGGGCCCAGGAAGGAGCAAGGUCCACCACCGCGACGGUAGCGAUGAGAGCUUAGGCCACAUCCACCGCACAACAGAGCUGAACGUUGUGGUCGAGCACGUCGGCAAAGUGAAGGACAGCAGUGAGGACAGCCCGCGAAGCAGCCAUGAAAUUCAGUACAGCAUGUUUGGUGAUGAGACACCGUUGCAUAAGAAGGGUAACAUACAGAUUACCGCAAAACCAUUGUAG